AUGGAAGUAGAGGAUCUGAUUAACACCAGUGAGAAUGGACAUCUGAUUAACACCAGUGAGAAUAGAGAUCUGAUUAACACCAGUGAGAAUGGACAUCUGAUUAACACCAGUGAGAAUAGAGAUCUGAUUAGCACCAGUGAGAAUAGAGAUCUGAUUAACACCAGUGAGAAUGGACAUCUGAUUAACACACGUGAGAAUAUAGAUCUGAUUAACACCAGUGAGAAUGGACAUCGGAUUAACACCAGUGAGAAUAGAGAUCUGAUUAACACCAGUGAGAAUAACACACGAGAGAGACAAGACUCUCACGCUGACAGCGAAAAGUGUCUUUCAGAAGAACCAGAGACAUCCAAACCAGCAAGACGACGCAACUCUUCCCAAUGUGGAAAGAGUUUUACCAAGUAUGGGAGCCUUAAAAAGCAUGAGAUUACACACACAGGAGAAAAGCCCUACGAAUGUUCGCAGUGUGGAAAGAGUUUUACAAGGCUAUGGAACCUAAAAGAACAUGCGAGGACACACACAGGGGAAAAGCCUCAUCACUGCUCCCAGUGUGGAAAGAGUUUUAUCCGGUUAAGCCACCUGAAAGAACACAAGAGAACGCACACAGGGGAGAAGUGUUAUUACUGCUCCCAGUGUGGAAAAGGUUUUAUCCAGUUAAGGAAACUGAAAAUGCAUGAAAUGACACAUACCGGGGAGAAGCCCUAUCACUGCUCCCAGUGUGAAAAUAGAUAUGUUUCAUCAGGAGCCCUGAAAUCACAUAAGAGAACACACACAGGGGAGAAGCCAUACCUCUGUUCCCAGUGUGGAAAGAAUUUUAGCUGGCCAGGGCAACUGAAAGAGCAUGAGAGGACACACACAGGAGUGAAGCCUUACUAUUGCUCCCUGUGUGGAAAGAGUUUUACCCAUUUAGGGAACUUAAAAAGGCAUAAAAGAUCACACACUGUAGAGAAGCCGUAUCAAUGCUCCCAAUGUGAAAAUGUGUUUUUAUCACCAUGGGACCUGACAAAACAUGAGAGAACACACUCUGUAGAGAGGCCUUUUAAAUGCUCUCAGUGUGGAAAGAGAUUUAUCCAGCGGUGUCAUUUGAAAGCACAUGAAAAAAUACACACAGGCGAAAAACCAAUGUGCUCUCAUUGUGGAAAGAGUUUUACCCAGUUAGGGAGCCUAAAAGAGCAUGAGAGGACACACACGGGAGAGAAGCCAUACCACUGUUCUCGGUGUGGAAAGAGUUUUACCCGGUUGUGGUGCCUGAAGGCACAUCAGAGAACGAAGAAGCUAUGUUCUGACUCAUGUUUUUGACUGAGAAUGUGUUUUUUGUUCAUGUCACAUAAAAUCAACAUGGUUCGAUGCUAGAAUCCUUAGUUGCUGCCUACUUUUUAAAAACUUAUAAAUAUACUCAUUGAUUCUUGAUGAAUAUAACUUAUUAAAUGCCUCAAGAGCUUCGUUCAACUGUCAAACUCAGAUUUUAAAAAUACAUGCUUGAUUUGCUCCAAUGUUUGUAUACGAUGUAAAUGUAAACAAUGUAAAUGUAAACAAACAUUGUAUAAGCCUCAAAACAUAGUUAAAACUAUAAUUUUCAUAUUAUGGAAGGUCAGUACUUGCAUCCAUAGCUCCGUCUAUUCAUUUGAUAGUGGUUACAUUUCUCCAGGCCCCAUCCCUCAGCCUUUUACCAAAACAGAGGCAGGGCGCCCGUUUAGUUAUUGUUUCAACUAAGGAUUCUAGCUUUAAAACGUCAAAUGUAGCCGUUUUUUAAAAUCUCAAUAUCAAGUCAUUUCUGGGUAAUAAUUAGGUACCUUACUGUGAUUUGUUUUCAAUUAAAAUGGUCAAAACAAAAAAUAACUUCUUAGCAAAGAGCAAUUUCUCAAGCAAGAAUUUUGAUAGGACUGAGUGGGGAGGGAACAACUGAACUAGCUCUUAUUGACAGAGAGGUUUUCUUAUUGAUCUGAUAACUAAUUUACUGCCUGAUGAUGAUAUCAAGAACACCAAAACGCCAUCCUGCCAAAACAGGCUGAAAUUUCAGGCGGUCUUUUCAAACAGCUCUUACACUAAAAGGACAUGAUCAUCAUUUCCACAGUAUUAUUCCAACCUCAGUGUGGAAAUAUUUAUAAAAACACGUUUUUUUGACUGCACUGGGCCUUUUAAAAGCCUAUUCCACAAUACAUGUGUUAGUCUUUUAAAAGCCUAUUCCACAAUACAUGUGUUAGUCUUUUAAAAGCCUAUUCCACAAUACAUGUGUUAGUCUUUUAAAAGCCUAUUCCACAAUACAUGUGUUAGUCUUUUAAAAGCCUAUUCCACAAUACAUGUGUUAGUCUUUUAAAAGCCUAUUCCACAAUACAUGUGUUAGUCUUUUAAAAGCCUAUUCCACAAUACAUGUGUUAGUCUAUUAAAAGCCUAUUCCACAAUACAUGUGUUAGUCUUUUUAUCUAAAGACAUGAAUUGAAAAAUGAAGUAUGUCAGUUUUAAUAGCGAGCGCGACGGUUUCAAUUUGUACGCUCUCUGUGAUUAAA